AUGACGGAAGCACAACGGACAUCCAGCAGUGCGUGGCUGGGUGCAGCCAUCCUGCUGUGUCUGGCACUCAGAUACGGCGUGGAGGCUCAGGCUAGACUGGGCAGCCGGAACUUCACCGACAUCACCUUCAGCGAUGGCCGCCAGCUUCGGGGGGAGCUGGUUCACACUCAGCCAGGCACUUCCAACACAGGGGUGGUCUACACAUUCCUGGGUGUUCAGUACGGCGCCUCCCCUACAGGCACAAGGCGGUACUCAGCCCCGGAGCCCGAGCCCCGAUGGAGCGGUCUGAGAGAGGCCCUGAACUUUGGCCCCAGAUGUGUCCAAUCAGUGACUGACUGGGCCGACCAAUCAGAGAACUGCCUCUUCCUGAAUGUCUACAGUCCGUCCUUGAACUCCACCAGCCCGGUCAUGGUGUGGUUCCACGGCGGUGGCUGGAGGGUUGGGUCAUCCUCCGAUCCCAUCUUUGACGGUACCAGCUUGGCCACCAAGGGCGUGGUUGUAGUCACCGUCAACUACAGACUUGGGGCGCUGGGGUUUCUUGUCUACAGGUGA